AUGAAUGCCUACAUUUCCACAGCUUUCCUCGUCUGGACCCUCCAUCUCGGCUUGGCUUUACCACUUCCCAGGCAUGCAGCAUUAGAUCCUGGGGUUCAUUCAGCUGAUGACCUUCUCCUUGCAGAAAGCUAUCUGAAUGCUUUCUACAGACAAGGAACUAUUUGGAAGAGGAGCUCAGAUUCUUUGUUGGACAAAUUGAAGCAAAUGCAGUCAUUUUUUGGCCUGGAAGCAAAUGGCGAGCUGACUCCUAAGACCCUUGAAGUGAUGAAACAGCCGAGGUGUGGUAUCCCUGAUGUGGCAGGGUACCAUUUUUUCCCCAAGAGAAUUAAAUGGCUGGCGUGGGGCUUAACGUUCAGAAUUGUGAACUAUACUCCAGAUAUGGGCCGGGAUGAAGUGGACCAAGCCAUUGAGGAAGCUGUCCAAGUAUGGCGUGAUGUCAUCCCUCUUCAUUUCACCAGAUUGUCUCAUGGCACCGCUGACAUGAUGCUCUCUUUUGCAACCAAAGAGCAUGGGGACUUAUUUCCUUUCGAUGGACCGUUGGGUCAACUGGCUCAUGCUUUCCCUCCUGGUGGUGAUAUUGGAGGGGAUGUCCACUUCGAUGACGAUGAAACCUGGACCAAUGAUUCCAGAGCCUUUAAUUUAUUUUCAGUUGCGGCCCAUGAGCUUGGCCAUGCUUUGGGGCUAGACCACUCCACUGACCCCGAAGCUCUGAUGUACCCUCUUUACAGCUACAAGGAUUCGAAAGACUUUAUUCUUUCUGAAGAUGAUGUGGCAGGCAUCCAAGCUCUUUACGGUUCCAAAGGUACAGUCAGUGCUAAAGCUCCGAAGAGAUGUGACCCAAAAUUCUCAGCAGACGCCAUUGCGGAAUUAAAUGGGGAGAAAAUCAUAUUCAAGGACACAUUCGUGUGGCGUUACAAUCCUCGGCUCUUUAGGAAAGAUUGGAUGGACAUUCUUUCCGUUUGGCCAAAGCUUCGAAACCGAGCAGAUGCGGCUUAUGGCCUCCCAGAGAAGGACAUUGUCUUCAUAUUUAGAGGGAAGAAAUAUUGGGCUGUGAAAGGCUACAAGAUACUUCAUGGCUAUCCCCAGACACUUUACGACCUUGGCUUCCCAAGCCAUGUGGAUAGGAUAGAUGCUGCAUUUCAUGAUGUAAAGACUAGGAAGACAAAGUUUUUCACUGGAGACAAGAUAUGGAGCUAUGAUGAGGAGCAUCAUUCUAUGGAACAUGGCUAUCCAAAACUGAUAAAGGAUGAAUUUCAUGGAAUUGUGCAUAAGGUCAAUGCAGCGUAUCAACAGAAUGGCUCCAUUUAUUUCAUCUGCGGGCCACUGCAACUUGAAUACAACAUCAACCACAAAAGGAUCAUCCGCACUUUGGGAGCAAACUCUGUGUUAGGCUGUUAA